GGGUGGUGUGUGCAAGAAAGACAUCAACGACCUCCAAUACAAACGAGAAUGGUUCCUCUAUUGCCUCCAGAACUACUCGAGCUCGUCUCGCGCGCGUGUCCUUGUCGAGAAACUCAAAUCCGUCAGCUUGCAACUUCCCACAACAAUGUCUUCCCAAGCCCGCCCAUACUUGUCGCCCAUGGCCUCGAGGGUACGCGCAAAACGGAAGUCAUAGUCAAUGUCUUGCGGGAACAAGGGAUCGAGCAUGCCGUCAUCAAGAGCAGAGAAUGCCUUACACAGAGACACUUGCUGUCGAAGAUCUUUGCAUGCUGCAUGUCUGCACUCGCACAAGAGAGUCAGAUUGAGCAAUAUGAUAGAGUGGACAGUAUAAAUGCGCUCUUGGGCAAUCUAAGAAAGUUAUACGAAAGAGCUGGGCCGAAGAGAUUUGUUGUCGUCCUUGAGGGCAUCGACAGGUUGAAGCAACCUGGUUCAACACUACUUCCGGCCCUAGCGCGGCUGGGUGAUCAGAUAUCAGGUCUAUCGAUCAUCCUGACUUCAAACUCUCCCCGGCCUCAUAUCCUCCACAGAACCGGCGUACCAUAUGUCUACUUUCCCCCAUAUACACGGCUAGAAGCAGUCCACAUUGUCACGUCGCAACAGCCUCCUUCGCCAAAAGCGGAUAAAAGCAACAUUGAGGAUGAGGCCGUUUCCAAGCUAUAUGCCCAGUUCGCCGUGACGGUGUACGACUCACUCAUCUCCUCCACAGCGUCCACAUUACUAGAUACGUUUCGAUCAACUUGUGAGAAGCUCUGGCCAAAAUUCUUACAUCCCAUGUCAUCGGGUCAAGAGCCUCCGGGCACAGGAAGGAAUAAAACGUGGGACUUUGCGAAACUGCUAGUCAGGAGCCGUGGACUUUUCCAAGCGGACGGGGAAAAUGCCCUACAUGACACUCUCCCCAGAACCGUCCACCCUGAGCGGGCCGAAGAUGUUCCUGGAACAAUCGAUACGCCAGCGACACCAUCGAGGAGAACUGCUGGGAUAGACGACCCCUUCUCUUCCCUUCCAAAGAGGCUACAACAGGAGCAGGAUCUCUCAAACCAGCCACCCUUGCUCAAGCAUUUUUCCACACUCGUCCUCCUAUCCGCCUACCUUGCCAGCCACACUGCUCCAAAGCACGAUAUCCUUCUCUUCUCACGCCUCAGUUCGAGCUCUAGCAAUACCAGCAAGAAGAUUCGAAGACUGAGACAGACGCCGACGAAGAAGAAGGCCGCAGCCAUGUCGGAUGGUACGCCGUCCAAAGCAGGAACUCCGGGAAAGUCUCGCUCAAAAUCAGUAUUUGCAGCCACUGCAACUCUAGGCAUUCCGCGACCUUUCACACUCGAGCGCAUCCUGGCGAUCCUCAGGGCUGUCCAUCCUCAUGGUAUUCCGAAUCGACCUGGACAUGUAGUGAGUGAUCGCGUCUACCGAGAAUUAGGUGAACUGGAGAAGCUACGGCUAGUCGUACGGACGUCUGGGUCGAGCCUGGCCGCAGGAGCAGCUGGCACUAUGGGUGGUGCUGGAACUGAUGAUCUGACAGAGGAGAAAUGGCGGGUAAAUGUCAGUAGAGACUGGGUCGUGAGUAUGGGCCAGAUCUGGGGCAUGGGCAUCAGCGAGUACGAGGUAGAGAACGAGUUAUGAUCAGAGGAUACACGGUAGCAGUGAUGACCUCCCUCUGGUCAACGGCUAGCUCGAUAUCGUUGGGUGUGAAGGAACCCAAGAUGACAAGAAGAAUGAUUUCCAUGUCAACGUGAAGAGCAACAGCAGUCAUACAGUGCCACUUUUUCUGCAAACAGGCUCGCCGGCUCUCUUUCGAUCCUAGAAGGAUGAACAAGGCUGCGCUUUCCCGUUUUGCGAACAUCUUGGCAUAUUCACAUCAGGCUGGGUUUUCACUUUCUUUCCAUCAACG